AAGCGGGAAAUGCGUGAGUUGGAGACCUGUUCGGAGGCAGAGCAGGUGAAAGAAUCAAAUGCUUUAUUUUUUUUUUUAAGUCUAUCAUUUACCGCAAAGGCGGUAUAAUAGAAAAAGGUGCAGUCUGCUCGGCUGUUUUCCGCCGUUUUCUGCACAUUACUUUUUUGCUUUUCCUUAAUAAGGAGAUGGGGAAUCCGCACUUCACACUUUAGUGAUAGACAGCCGGAUACCCUUCUGCAAAAUCUUCUUUGUUUCUCUCGUUUGAGAGUAGGAGAUUGGUUUAGCAGAAAGGGUUAAUGGAGAAAGCUUUGAACAGAGUGAACAGCCUCUGGAUUUCAAGGAAAGCCAGGGAAGAGUUCUCUUCCAUCGGUGAAGAUAUAACUUCUUUAUCAAGUGCUGUGGAAGAGAAAGCAAAAUGGAUCUUCAACAAACUAAAAGGCAAAGAGCAAAAACCCUUGCCAGAUCUUCUGCGAGAUUACGGGUUGCCAUCAGGCAUCUUCCCCCGGAACAUAAUAUGCUAUGAGUUUGAUGAAAGAAAAGCGAAGCUUAUCGUAUACAUGCCUUCUGUCUGUGAGGUGAGCUUCAAGGAUUCAUCUGUGGUAAGGUAUGCUACUCGGGUCAAAGCAACAUUGAUGCGUGGCAAGCUCACUGGGAUUGAAGGAAUGAAAACCAAAUUGCUGGUAUGGGUUAAAGUCAGUUCAAUUAGUGUUGAGAGCUACAGAUCGGACAAGAUAUGCUUUACUGCUGGUGUGAACAAGACAAGGCUCAAAGAUGCAUAUGAGAUCCCUCGUGACUCCAUAAGGGUUGAGGAGUUUUGAUGACAGAAUACAAUUCCUACUGUUUUAGUAUAACGUACUAUUGACAGUCUAAACAAACUUUUCACAUUUAGAGGUGUUCAACUUCAAUAUACUCCUGUAAUUGUGCCUCUGCAACAGUGUUGUGAGCAAGUCUAUAUGUGUCAGUACCAUUGCAUAAAGAUCAGAAACAGAUGUAGCAGCACUUUAGGAUUGCUUGCCCAUGUGAAUCUUAUAAUACAUCACUUUGAUGUAUAAUAUCUAUUUUGGAUUUU